CUGAUUUCGUUGUUUAUUGAUUGCACCUGAUCUCUUCACCAUCUCUUUCAAUAAGAUACAUAGAAGCAGUAAAUAAGAUGGGCACUCGGCCGGAUCCGUCGUUUUACAAGAAUCUUGCGCGUAAUCUCGAACAGGCAUAUCUUCUGCUCAGCGACCGAUGUCUCUACGAGUCCGCUAAAUGGACAGCAGAAGCGCUCAAUGGCCUCCCCGAGCUCGAAGACGACGCCGCAGACGACGCCAUGACCGAGCGCGAGCCAGACUCAGACUCGAUCCUGAUCGACGUGAAAUCGCUAGACGAGAUGACGCCCUCCGAGAGCAGGAGCUACCUGCUCGCAAAGGCCUGCUUCGACUGUCGCGAGUACGACCGCGCUGCGCAGAAGCUCGAGCGGGUGAGUACAUCAAGCGCAAAGUGUAUAUUUUUGCAUCUCUACGCGCGAUACAUCUCUGGCGAGAAAAAACGCGACGAACAAUCAGAGGCAAUCCUCGGUCCGCUCGACGGCGACGCGACGGUGAACAAGCAGCUCGUGCCGAUCAUCAACGAGCUCGAGAGCCAUUUCACGCGAUCCCCGGCGACAAAAGAUGACCCUUUCCUGCUGUAUCUGUACGGCAUCGUGCUCGUCAAGCACAAGUGCGAAAAGGCGGCGGUCGAACCGCUCGCCCGCUCGGUGAAGCUGUACCCGUAUAACUGGGGCGCGUGGCAGGAAUUAAGCCACUGCGUGUCCUCGAUCGACCAGCUCCCGUACGUGCUUGCGCGGCUACCCCCGACACACGUAAUGACGAAGCUCUUUGAAGUCGCGACCUCGCAAGAGCUCUUCCAAAGCACCGAGUCCGUCUUCAUCACGCUCGACCAGCUCGAGACUGUGUUUCCGAACUUUGUCUACCUCGAGAUCCAGCGCGCGAUGCUGUGCUACCACGCGCUCGAGUACGACGACUCCGCGCGGCUGUUUGACCACGUCGUCAAGCUGGACCCGCACAGACUGGACGACAUGGACAUGUACUCCAACGUGCUCUACGUGACCGAGCAACGCGCCAAGCUCGCGCACCUCGCGCAGCUCGCGUCCGCGACCGACAAGUUCCGGCCCGAGACGUGCUGCAUCAUUGCAAACUACUACUCGCUCAAAUCAGAGCACGAGAAAGCAGUCGUCUACUACCGCCGCGCGCUCACCCUCAACCGCAACUGUCUCGGCGCGUGGACGCUGAUGGGACACGAGUAUAUGGAACUCAAGAACGCGAGAGCCGCGAUCGAGAGUUAUCGUCGCGCUCUGAAAGUCAGCAGUAAAGACGCUCGCGCUUGGUAUGGUCUCGGACAGGCUUAUGAGGUUAUCGAGAUGUACUAUUAUUCAUUCUUCUACUACCAGCGCGCCGCCGCCUUAACACCCUACGACCAACGCAUGUGGAUCGCCCUCGCAAACUGCUUCGACAAACUCCAACGCCCGACCGAAGCCAUAAAAGCCUACACGCGCGCGCUCUCGCUCUCAGACUCGGAACCCUCGAUCUUGCAGAAAUUGAUCGAGCUCUAUCGCCAGAUCGGCGACAAGCGCAACGCAGAACGGUAUGCGGUCUUGCUCAAGAACUCGGAGGUUGGUGCUGGUGAGGGGGGAGUGGGUGCGAAGAGUGAGAUGGGGACGAGGGGGUAGUUGUUCUUCUCUAGUAUUUUUAUUUGUUUUUCCUUUUCGGGCUUUUUAUGUUAUGUCAUGCAUCGGCGUUUGGCUUCUCAUCUUAUCUCAUCUCAUGAUCACUUCUUCUACAUCACCUCACCUCACUUCAUAACUUGUUGGUGUUGAAUUACAUUAGAUAGGUCGUCAUUAAUCAUACUAUGCAAGAAU